AUGGUCAACUGGAUUGCUGGUAUCGUAUUCAGUUUUGCCGACAGGAUCCAACCAGGCGAACUGGAUGAAAACUUCACCACAACAGUGUCUUUGAGCGGAGCAGACCCUAAUAACCACUCAUCCAUAGGUUUUUGCUUCAAGAAAAAUGGAAAUUGGAUCCAGCACAUAAUUCACACUGAAACAUCGGCAAUAACUUUAUCUCUAUUCGCUUUUGCUAUCUAUCUUGCUCAACAAGUGAGGAAAAAACUAAAAGAACCUACAUUUAGCACGAGAACGAAACGAUUACAACGUCGUUCGAACAACAUGCUUUUCGCUCAGACCUUCAAUCUCAUUGUACUGCUGCCGGUUCCACUGCUACUACAACCUUUUCUACUAUAUUCUGGAACCAACCAUUCGCGAAAGGAAGCAGCAUUCAACCACACAUCUGGGACAUACCACUUUUGCAGCCUAUCUCUCAAAAUGGACACAUACGAGAAACUGGAAGUACAACCGGGAGAGGUGCCACCGCCACCUCCACCAGACCUCCCUCCUCCUCCUCCUCCACCAGGCAAAUCAUCGCCAGCGCCAUUGAUGCCUCCAAUGAAAGAACAGAAGGAAAAGGAUAUUAAUGAACUCAAACCAUUACGCGCUGGCGAUGACGUAAAUUUGUCUGAUACACCCAAAAAGCCAUUGCUGCCAAAGGCAUCACCUGCCAAGCCUAUUAAAGCAAAUCAAAAAAGCAAUCAAAAGGGUAAAAGGCCAGUUGCUGGAAAGUCCACAACCAAAUCGAAAUCAUCGCAGUCUGGUAUGAGCUCGAAAUCGAAUGUUCAAAUAGUUUUGCUCAUGUCAAUUGGUGUCUCUUUGGCUUUCGCCUUGAUAUUCAUGUUCAUGACUAUAUUUGGUCUUUUGCAUCUAAAAAGCCGUGCCAUCUAUGCUUCAAAUGCUGAAACUCUGAAGAAGAGCGGCGGCGAACAUUACUGCGAUCAAUUUUGCAGCAAGUCGUCUUCAACCAACUUUAAGAUGAAUGAAGAGAAGAAAGAAAUUGAAGGAAGGGAAGGAGGAAUGGCAGUUUCCCAAUCGAUGUCUAAUUUGGGUGAUGAAAAUGAAAUUCGCGAACGGAAGACGUCGACUCGAUCGUUGAAAAAUAGCUGGAGUUACUCUGUACCGAGCUUCGUCUCCAUGUCCGGCAAAUUAGGAGAGCUUUGGACGUCAGCAAGAGAAAGUAUCUUCGGUGAAGACUACUGGAUUCCGUCAAAUGUUGAUGAAGUAACUCAGUUUCCACCGGAACUUCUUCAAGAACAUAAGAUUGUGUUUCCUGAGAACGAAUUCGAUCCACCGCUUAGAGUUGUGCAAGGAUCGUAUAAGAACAAUCCUUCUGAAAAGUUGUUUCAUGUGGUAGCAUCAUUGGGAGAAACUCCCAACUCUCCAGUAUACAGCUUAUUUCGGUCCAAUGAACUUGAAGAUGCAGUUGAUCUUUGCCGAAGAUGCAUGGAGUGCCAAAUGCUAUUCAAAUUUCUAGAUUCAAAUAACGAUACCAAAAGGCGAGUACAAGACGUGAUGAUAAAGUUGAAGCAAUUUCCUCUAUAUGGGAUGAUCCAUAUUGCAAUCGCUUGCGAUCGGAUGGAUCUGUUUACUAAUGACAGUAUUGAGAAUCUCGACAACACUGAUAAUUCGUUCAAAAGCCACAUGAACAUGAUGGUUCAACCAGAGGGCAAGUAUCCAUUGUUACUGGCGAUCGAAAUGCAUCGUCUGGAAAUAGUGCGACGAAUGCUGGCAUUAGGUGCUGACCCGAUGGUUGUGGAUAUUAAUGGAAAUAAUGUUAUGCACUAUGCUUCAGUUUCUGGAGUGCCCGUUAUUGAACUGCUUUGGGAAUUCGAAGAAUGUCAUGGUCUUAUCAACCACACAAAUGACGAAGGAUAUACUCCGGUUAUGUUAGCGAUAAGAGCAGCAAGUCCGCGAUGCGUUGCCGCACUUCUUAACUGUGGAGCUGAGCUGACAGUCGUUCCUCAUGGCCGUAAUCCUCUCUUCGAAGCUGUGCAGAGCAAAGGCACCACCCCAGACAUAAUCAAAGCCCUUCUUCAUGUCUCACCUGAGCUUCUCACCGAGCGAGAUUCUACCGGCAAUACUGUAGUCCACGCUGCAAAGUAUAAAUCUUCUUUGGUGGGUUUGAUGAUGCUCAAAUCUGAUGACAUCGAUUUGGACGCUACAAACAAUAUUGGACAAACACCUCUGCACAUUUACACGCACAAGGGAGCGAUUGGUUUGAUGGUGACAAUACUAUCUAAUGGAUGCAACAUAAAUGCUCAAGAUAGGAAUGGAAAUACAGCACUACAUGUUGCCGCUACAAGAAGAAACACAGAGGCUGCUCGACUCUUGCUUUGCUUGGGUGCGAACCCUAACAUCAGCAAUGCAAAUGGUGACAGUCCAAGACAUAUGGCUGCACGUCUGAAGGAAGCAUCCCUUUUGGAAUCUCUGGUAAUGUGUGGUGCUUUGCCAUGCAAGCCCAACAAACUUGGCUGUGUUUCCGGCUGCACGAGUGAUUUGACCUCGGUUCAGCGAAACUCUGAAGCCGUCAAUAUGGAAGAGCCGAUACGAGAAUUCAUACAAAAGCAGUGCUACGAUGGUCUCAUUGCUCGCCUUGAAGAACUAGCAAACCGUGGUGAAAAGCCUCAUAACAUGAUUAACCUUUUAUCGAUGGAUGGCGGUGGGAUUCGAGGACUUGCUAUGAUACAGGUGCUCAUGGAAAUAGAGAAAGAACUCAAUGAAUCAGUUUUUUCCUAUUUUGACUGGGUAGCUGGAACUUCAACUGGUGCUCUGCUCGCCACGGGCCUUGCUCAAGGUAAAUCUCUCAGAGAAUGUCAACACCUUUACUUACGCUUCAAGGACUUCAUAUUUAAUAAAUGGACCUUACCCUACGACGCUGCUGCUGUGGAAGAGUUCAUGAAGGAAACCGUUGGAGAGGAAACAAUGAAGGAGAUUGAUUAUCCAAGGCUGAUGUUUUCCACAGUAAAGGCAGAUCGAUUUCCCGUGAAGCUGGAAUACAUGAGAAAUUAUCGAUUGCCAAUUUCUGAGGAAGACAACGUCCGCUUAGGUUUUGGCGAUCCGGCAGAUAUACCCACUUGGAAAGCACUGCGUCGAACUUCAGCGGCUCCAAUGUUUUUUCCACCAGACGAUGUAUACAUAGACGGCGGUAUAAUCGCUAACAAUCCUUUGUUAGAUUUACUUUCGGAAGUGGAGCUCUAUAACGGCACAAACACAUAUUUGGGCCAACCCGAGAAAAAUGUUGAAAUCGGCUGUGUACUGUCUUUUGGCACUGGCCAAAUUCCUUCAACACGACUUGAUCCUUUGCACAUCGGCAUCUCUAACCCGAUCUCAAGUGCCCUCAACUUUAAAAACCUCAGUCUCGUGAUUGUUGAUCAGGUAGCAGCAAGCGAAGGAGCACCAGUUGACCGUUCAUUUUCAUGGUGUAAUGCCUUGCGAAUACCAUUUUUCCGAUUUAGCGCACCGCUACGCAAGGCUAUUGGCGUAACAACGAAGAAUGACAAUGACAUUGCGACCAUGAUGUGGGAUUGCGUUGAAUACUCGCAUAAAAAUCGUACAAAGAUUGUCAAGCUAUGUGAGCUGCUCAAGCGAAUCGGGAAGACGCCAAACGACCGUGAAAGAAUAUCAAUUGCUGCUUCUUAG